CAACAUCUCUACACGACUCAGAGUAAAUGGACCGAGGCUAGCGCUCUUGUUUGCAGGUUGGUAGCAAUUGAGCAACUCACGAGUAUGGCGACUUAGAAACACGCUUUACACGCUGUAAACAUUGUACCGCCAGUUGUGCGUUGUUUGUUUUGAUCUGCUUUGUUUUAACGUUGCAGUUCUAAGUGUCGUUGCCAUCUCAACAGCUUAGUUUUGAUUGUGAGCGCUUGUUUCACCUUCCUCAGCAAGUUAGCAGCUAACGCUAGCCUCGUUGUAACUGUCCCUACGCGAUCUUUUGAAUCUAAACUCAUUCUCGACACACUUCCCACUGCACAAGAGCACGCAGCAGCUGUCGUAUCUUGAUAGCAAACGGAGGCAGGUUGGACUUAUUGUUCGAGGCAAACAUGUCAGGAGUUAACAGAGGACAGGGAAGCGCGGCGAGUGAGUACCACAACCAAGAAAAUGUGCUGUCAAGACUGAGAGGCUCGCUAAAACCCCGAGCUCCUUCAAACGACAACCAAGAAAACCAUCCACCGAAACCGGCAGGCAGCAGAACCGUCCUGGGCCCCCUGCAGAACAACCAGCGGAGCAAAGCCCAGAACCACCGCGGCACAAAGCAGGAGUCAUCCCAGACCUUGUCCUGUAAAAAUGAAGACUUCAGCAAAAGCUGCUAUGAGAAGCCCUCCUCCAAGCAGCCCGCUUUCCAGAUCCAUGUGGACGAGCCCGAUGGCGCUUGCACCAAGAAGCCUCAGCAGGCGGUCGAAGCUGUCAAAGCAAAGUCAGUCGCUGCGGAGUCUCCCCUCACCAUCGACAAUGCUGUGGCAAGGCUCCGACAGCCCCUGGCCACCAUUGACAUGCCAUCGGCAAUGGAUGUCAGCUUUGACUCUCCCAUGGACAUGUCUGUGGUUGAGGGGGAGGAGAAACCGGUCAAUGUAAAUGAGGUCCCAGAAUAUGCUGCUGAAAUCCACACAUACCUGCGGGAAAUGGAGGUAAAAACCAGGCCUAAAGCAGGCUACAUGAAGAAGCAACCCGAUAUCACAAACAGCAUGAGGGCCAUCCUGGUGGACUGGCUGGUUGAGGUUGGAGAAGAGUACAAGCUCCAGAACGAGACACUUUAUCUGGCUGUAAACUACAUCGAUCGCUUCCUCUCGUCCAUGUCUGUCCUGAGGGGGAAGCUUCAGCUGGUCGGGACUGCUGCCAUGCUGUUGGCAUCGAAAUUUGAAGAGAUCUACCCCCCUGAGGUGGCAGAGUUUGUUUACAUCACAGACGACACCUACACGAAGAAGCAGGUGUUAAGAAUGGAGCAUUUGGUGCUUAAGGUGCUCUCCUUUGAUCUGGCAGCACCAACCAUCAACCAGUUUCUCACCCACUACUUCCUCCACCACUCGGUUAACAAACAGGUGGAAAGUCUGGCAAUGUACCUCGGGGAGCUCAGUCUGGUUGAUUCAGAUCCCUUCUUGAAGUACCUGCCAUCACACACAGCUGCUGCAGCCUACAUCCUAGCCAACAAUGUAGUGACUGGUGGCUCAUGGCCAAAGUCCAUGAUGGAGAUGACUGGCUACUCCCAGGAAGAUCUGAUGCCAUGCGUUGAGGAUCUGCACAAACUUUACCUCAAUGCUGCUCAGCAUGCCCAGCAGUCUGUUCGGGAGAAGUACAAGGGCCCCAAGUACCAUCAAGUCGCCCUCAUUGACACUCCAACUAAACUGCUGCUAAACUGACCCCCAUUGUCCAUGUAGAGUUGUAACAGUCUUUAAUGUUUUUUUUUUUAAUUUUUUGUCUUGAAUGAUGUGUGCCACAAUUUCAAGUGACAUGGCCUGCUCUUCUUGGAGUAGAGCUAGAUGUUUAGAGUUUUUAAUGGUAUUUUUAUAUACGCAUUUAUACAGAUGCUACAGUUGUGUUGGUUAAUCAAGCAGUUUUAAUGGUUUGACUUUUAAUCUCAGACCAAAUGUAGACAUCUUAUCACCACUCUGUAAACAUUCUGCUUUGAUCCAGUGUCCCAAACUCCAAUAGACUUGAAUGUAAUCAAACCCUGAUCUUUAAUACUUCCACUUUUUAAGGGUUUGUGUUCUAAGCAGCUAUUGUUGCUGGUUCACCUCAAGCUAUUUGGCUUCAUGGGAUGCCAAUUAAAGUGUUUGUCUGUCAUGGAGUCAGCUGUCUCAUUACAUUGGUGUCUUGGAAGCUUAAAGCUUUUCAAGACAUCUCCUGCACUGUAAAAUAUGGCUCUUGUAAAUAAAAUGCAUUUAAAGUGAGA